GCGGCAUAGGCCGAAGGUCAAAACUCGUUGGUCGAUCAUUCUGAAAUCAGCCUCGAUCAUGACAGACUUCGUGGCCCUCAAGUCUCCUGGCAAGCAGCCACCGUCCAAGGACGACGACGUGGUGGCUGACGAGGUGACGUGGAACAACGUGCCGCAUCCGCUGGAAACAGCCAACUUGUUCUCGUUCGUGGGAGUCAACUGGAUGGGACCGCUCAUGUCCAAAGGGUCCAAGAGUACGCUCGUGGAAGAGAACAUAUGGCCGCUUCCGCACUUUGAUACGUCUGCGAAUCAAUCAAAGUCGUUUGAAAGCCACUGGACCGAGCAGCUCGAGCUCGACUCGCCCAACCUGGCGCUGGCCCUCUUCCGCACGUUCAAGCCGCGCAUCAUCGGGUCGUUCCUCCUGUACAUCUUGUCUGGCGCGAUCCUCAUGGUGCAGCCCAUCAUGAUCAAGAGCAUGCUGCAGUACUUGACGCGGUACGACCAGCCCAACUUCACCACGUCGCUCGGGGUCACCAACGGCUACGCGCUUGCUGCCCUGCUCACGCUGCUCACGUUCGUGUCCGUGACCGUCGGUGACUUUGGUCAGUUUCUCACCAAUCGACUCGGGUGCAACGCCAAGAUCAUCCUCAUGGACAACGUGUUCCGCAAGAUAUUGCGCAUGAGUGGCCACGCAAAGAAGACAAUGACCACGGGCGAAAUCGUGACCAUGGCGUCCGUGGAUGCCGACCGCUUGUUCUUUGGGUUCAUGCUCGGCUACUGGACUUUGAUCAGUCCGUUGAUGCUCCUCGCCGUGUUCAUCUUGAUCGGCAACGAACUCGACUGGGUGUCAGGUCUCGUGGGGGGGCUGUUCAUGCUGCUAUUUCUGUACUUUGGCUUUGUGUCUGGCAAACACGUGGGCCAAAUCCGCCGCCACGUGCUGGGCGUCCAGUCUGAGCGCGUCAAGCUAACCAAUGAAGUGCUCCAGGGCAUCCGCGUGGUCAAGUUAUACGCCUGGGAAGAGUCGUUGGCCGCCCAACUCGCGGAAAUCCGGUCCCGCGAACUCGCGUUGCUCAAGAGCUACCAGACCCACCGCAUCCUGAACACAGUGUUUAUGAGUGUGGCGCCCGUGAUCUCGCUCGCGGCGUGCCUGAUGAUCUACGUUGCCAGAGGGUUCACCCUCACGACGCCCUUGGCCUUUACCGCGCUCGCGUACAUGAACAUUGCGCGCCAGCCAUGCACCGUGUUCAGCACGGCCGUGAUGGGGCUGUCAGAGGCGUGGGCGUCGUGCCAGCGCAUCACCAAGUUCCUCGUCGCCGACGAAAUUCCGCUCUUGGAGCACUCUCACGCGACUACUACAGGAUCAGACGACGAGUCGGUGCCGGUGAUUGAAAUCUCGGGCGGCAACUUUAGCUGGGAUGCCACGAGCAAGGAAGUUGGGGCAGUGGCGACGGCGUUCGAAGAAAUGGACGGACAGCAGCCAUCGGAAGGUGCCGCGGCGAUCGUGGACAUGGAAACCCCCCCGGCAGCCAUCACCCUGUCCAACAUCAAUUUGCAUAUUGAACCCAAUACGCUGACCAUUGUCGUGGGCAGCGUCGGCAGCGGCAAGUCGAGCCUUAUCAGCGCCAUCCUCGGCGAAAUCCACCAAGUCAGCGGCAGCCAUAACGUCCAAGCGCACUUUUCCUAUGUGAACCAAGAAGCAUGGAUCCAGCAUGCCACGUUGAAGCAAAACAUCCUGUUUGACUCGCCCUAUGACGACACUUUAUACCAUCAAGUGCUAGCAGCAUGCCAGUUGGAAGCUGACCUGAGCAUGCUCCCGCAAGGCGACGCGACCGAGAUCGGCGAGCGCGGCAUCAACUUGAGCGGCGGCCAGAAGGCCCGCGUGAGUCUGGCGCGUGCUUUGUACCAUCAGCGCGCGAACGUCUUCUUAUUGGACGACCCAUUGAGUGCGCUCGAUGUCCACGUGGCCAACGCUGUGUUUGACCAGUGUGUGCAGGGGCUACUGAAAACCAAAACGACCGUUUUAGUGCUCAAUAGCCACUACCACUUUUUGCCACAUGCGGACCGCGUGCUGGUCAUGGUGGACGGCGCGAUCGUCGGCGAUGGCAAGUUUAGCCAGCUCAAGGUGGACUUUCCGCACUUGUUGAGUUUUGUGGAGAAGAAACCAGUGUCUGACGACAAGCAAGAUGACGGAAAUGGAGACGAUAAGAAGGACAAGAAGAAGGCCGAGUCCCCCAAGCAAGGCGGCGGCGGCGGCGGCGGCCGUGGACUCAUGGACAAGGAAGACCGCGCCAAGGGAUUGGUCACGUUCAACACGUACAAAAUGUACUUUGGCUCGAGUGGGUACAACGGGCUCGUGGUGAUUGUGUCGAUCUUGGUCAUCUUCACAACGGCCCAAGCGUCGUCGGCAAUGACGGACUGGUACAUGAGCUACUGGGCCAACAACGUCGCGUUGAACAGCUCCAUAUCCACGGGGUGGUAUUACCUCCUUAUUGCAAUCUCGUCGCUUGUCUUGUACUAUGCGCGGUCUAUCUACGUCCUCCUCGUGGCCAUCGCGUGCUCGCGGUCUCUGCAUGCCAAGGUGUUUAAUGCCGUCGUGUCGGCUCCUGUCCCGACCUUCUUUGACGUGACUCCCAUGGGUCGCAUCCUCAAUCGAUUCUCGUCCGAUCUGGAUCAAAUCGACUCGAUGCUGCCGUUCUUUGGGCUCAUGGUGCUCCAGUUUACGUUUAUGAUCUUUGCCAUCCUCGUUGUAUGCGCGGGGUCGACUCCGUGGAUUCUGAUUGCGUACGUCCCGAUUGCGUGGGUAUUCAAGUGGCUCCAGCAGUACUACAACGUGUCGUCUGCUGAACUCAAGCGGAUGGAUGGCAUCGCUCGGUCCCCCGUCGUGACCCUUGUCGGCGAAGCCAUCAGCGGCCUCUCCACCAUCCGCGCGUUCAAAAUGACAGCCCAAUUCUCCCACAAGCAACGCAUCGCCCUCGAUCGGUACCUCAGCUUUUCGUUUGCUUAUACGUGUUCUGGCCGGUGGUUCCAGCUUCGCCUUGACUGGGUGUCUUCGUUCGUGAUCACGGCCGUGGCGUUUAUUGCCGUAUUCACCCGCGCUUCUAUCGGCGUCACCGCGGCCGGCCUCGCUCUGACCUACUCGUCGCAGCUGUCGACGGUGCUGUCUCGUAUGGCUGUAUUCGUUACGCUUGUGGAGAACAUGAUGACAUCCGUCGAGCGCCUCGGUCACUUCAACUCGUUGGAAAGCGAAGACACUGGGCACGACAACACCAAGGGUCUUCCCCCGUCUUCGUGGCCCCAGCAAGGCGAGAUUACGUUUACCAACUACUCUAUGCGAUACCGUGAGCACUUGGACCUCGUACUGAACAACGUCAACUUUACCGUCAAAGGCGGCGAGAAGGUCGGCAUCGUCGGGCGCACUGGCUCGGGCAAGAGUUCGCUCAUGGCGGCGCUGUUCCGCAUGGUUCCGUCCGCGACGGGGACCAUCACUCUGGACGGGGUGGACAUUGCGUCGAUUUCGGUGCGCACGCUGCGGUCGCGGCUGACCAUCAUUCCGCAAGAUCCGGUGCUGUUCAGCGGGUCGCUUCGGUUCAAUUUGGACCCGUCUCACACGUGCUCGGACGAGGAGCUGUGGACGGCACUCAAGUGCGUGCACUUGGACGCGUUUGUGGGGUCGCUCGAGUUUGCCGUGUCGGAGAAGGGCAGCAAUGUGUCGGUGGGCCAGCGCCAGUUGCUGUGCAUCGCGCGCGCGUUGCUGCGCAAGUCCAAGGUGGUCGUGCUGGACGAAGCCACGGCCAACAUUGACCUGGAAACCGACCGACUGAUCCAGCACAUGAUCCAAGACGGCUUCCACGGUGUCACACGCCUCAUCAUCGCACAUCGCCUCGAAACCAUCCUAGACUCGGACCGCAUCCUCGUGCUGGACGCCGGCCACGUCGUCGAGUUUGACGCCCCCCCGACGCUGCUCGCCAACCCAGACAGCGCGUUUGCCCACCUUGCGAGCAAAGCCCACGUGCAAUUGUAG